AUGUCAGCUUUGGCUAAAGAUAAACUUUUUCCUGCACUGAAGAAAAGGGGGAGUGUAUGUUCCCCAAUUAAUCUUGAGUUCCCACAGAAGGAAGGUUAUUGGCGCUUCAAAAAUUCUGUCAGUUCUGUGUCCCACACGGAUGAGCCCAGCCAGCGUGAUGAAGCCUCUCGCCUGACAGUUCGGAUGGAGAACACCUACCAGUUAGGUCCCACCAAGCAUUUUCCCGUGGCCACUGUCAAUCGGAUUUUGGAAAACGUACUAAAUACCUACCUACAAGGAGCAGAGUAUGACCCAGAGUUCUGCAGACAGACGACAAAGACGAUUUCUGAGGUUAUUAAAGCCCAGGUCAAGGACUUAAUGAUCCCCCGGUAUAAACUCAUCGUGAUGGUGUACAUUGGGCAGCGAGAUGGCCAGAGCAUACAUAUUGGCAGCAGAUGCCUUUGGAAUCCUCAAAGUGACACCGUUUCAUCCUACACUUUCAAAAACUCCACUCUCUUUGCGCUGGCAAAUGUCUACGCCGUUUACUUUGAGUGACUG